AACCCUUACUUGGUGUAUAUUUAAACUCUGAUGUGCAUACUACAAGUAGAUCAAUCAUCAAUAGAAUGACCCCCAAAUAGAUAAAUUUUAAAAUAUUCUUCAAAUGAAGCUGAAGAAGGUUGUAUACUGUAGAACUAGUUUUGUGAUGUAUAUAUAAAUACAAGUGUUUCUUUCCUGGGAACGUGGGAGUGAUGGAAUUUCAAUCUGAAGUUUGCUGAAAAGCUUUCUUUUUCACUGCAGGGCCAUUUUUUUAUUAUUGGGUGAGAAGAUGAGAAUUUUAAGUAAUCUAUAUAGUUACUAAUCUAGAUAAUGCAAGAAAAACACAAAUGGUUUUUGUUUAAUCUCAGUCGAUUCAAUUAUGGAUUUAAAAUUAAUACUCUGUAUGCAUCUGACUAGAGCUAGGAUAAAUUCACAAGACUUCAUAGAAUAAAUGCUGAUAUGAAUGAGCAUAUAAGUAUCUUUGACUUUACAAGAAUCCUGGGAAUAUACUUUACUUUUCCAGUCUAUUGUCUUCCGAGGAAGCAGCACAAGAAAUCAAAGAUUUCUGGGGCAGAACCCAAAAGAAAGAACAUUUUCUAUUAUUUUUUCUAGUGCUUCACAAAUAGUUGAGUAACAAACAGUCUGUGUCUUUGACAAUUUACUUGAAUUAAUUAAAUUACAGUUUAAUUACAAUUAAAUUACAAUAACUGUGUGGUCAUAUGCCCUGUGUGAAGUGCAGCAAGAAUUAUAGAUGUCAGAUGUAAAAGAAUGGGAAAAUUCUUGCCUUUCCAUUAGUAAAGACUGCUUGAAAAAAAGAUCUACAUUAGUAGUAUUUCUAUUGAACUGCAGUCUGAUAAUAUUUGGAAGAAAGAAAGAAAAAAACAGUAAAAGGCUCUGGAAAACAUAAUAAAUUACAUGGUAAAGGAUCCUUCUCUUUCAAAGGAUUUUUCUUAUUUAGACAAUGCUGCCUUCCUCCAAGUGGAAAAAUAUCUCUUGCUUCAGCAAGAAUUGGAUCAUGCCUUAAGAAAUUACAGUACAAAAUGGAGCUACUUCAGUAGAAGCUUAGGGCUUCUUAGCAGAUUGCAGACUUCUGCUCCCACAGUACAAACUCUAUCAUCAUCAUCAAAGUCCUUCUCACAAAACAUUCCAAGCUGUUUGUGGAAACUGGGCCGACUCAAUCACGUGGCAAUUGCAGUGCCUGAUUUGGAGAAAGCUCAGUCCUUGUAUAAAGAUGUGUUAGGAGCCCAGGUGAGUGAGACUGUUGCUCUUCCUGAACAUGGUGUCUACACUGUUUUUGUGGAGCUGGGAAACACCAAGCUGGAACUUCUACAUCCUUUAGGAGAGAAAAGUCCCAUUGCAAGCUUCCUGCAAAAAAACAAGACUGGAGGAAUGCAUCAUAUCUGCAUUGAGGUUGAUGACAUAAAAGCGGCUAUGACAGAACUGAAGGAAAAAAAAAUACGAAUAUUGAGUGAAGAGCCAAAAAUAGGUGCACAUGGCAAACCUGUGAUCUUUCUUCACCCUAAAGAUUGCCAUGGAGUCCUUGUGGAACUUGAGCAAGCUUGAGCUGCAAUAUUCAUAAAUUAAACAAUAGAAGAGUUGUGAAGUUCCUGAGCUGGUGCUGGGAAUAUUGAUGUAGUAUUCAGUCUUUCCAAGUUCAUUGAAGUUCCCAUGGAUGAAGUACAGCUUUUGAGUACUGAAACAGUGCUACAGACUCAGGGUCUGUCUUUGCUGUUGUGGAUUUAAUUUUCAGAAUUAAUGUGUUGGCAUUUCUUGGAUUCUCUGUGAUUCUAAACACAAAUACAUGAGCUAAGUUACAUAUGCACCAUAGUAUUGUAUCUAUUGUUGCCUGUUUGCAGCAAGAUUUUACCUCUGUAGCCAGAGAAACUGUACAGUUUCUAGGUCAAGCUGCAUUAUUUUGCUCUACAUUUCAGAGCAGAGACCCACUUCCCAGUGACAACAACAUGGCUUAGACAUUUUCUUUAGAAAUAAAGGAAAACAAAUAUUGUGCUUUCCUCUUUUCACCAUUCA